AUGCCAGCUGUCACCGCUUCCACCCCCGCCGCCCCUUCUGUCGCUUCCCUCAAGGCUGCCAUCAACGGCAGCGCCGAUGGACUUGAUGUCUCUGCCCUUUUCGCCUCGGACAAGGCUGCCCGCAAGUCGGUAGCUGACUCCGUCGCUACACUCGCUCAAAAGGACGGCCCAUCGGCCCUCAAGUCCAUGGCUUUCACCGACGCCAUCAUCAAGGCUCUCGCCGACAAGAAGUCUCCCGCUGCCCGUGAGGGCGCCGCUGAGGCCGUUUCCGCCGUCAUUGCUGCUGACGUCAAGGCUCUCGAGCCAUCUUUCGUCACCUCUGGCCUCUAUGCCGCCCUUCUCGAGUCUUUCGCCGACAAGAUGCCCGCUGUCCGGAACGCGGCCGUCGAGGCGGUCAAGUCGUACGCUUCCAAGAUGAACCCCUGGGCUGCGCCGCAAAUUCUCCCCGCUCUUCUUCACGAGAUCAAAACCGCCGGUAAAUGGCAAAUCAAGACUGGUUCCCUCAUCGUUCUCGACCAGCUCGUCAUCAGCUGCAAAGUGCAGAUGGCGAAGCUCAUGCCCGAGAUCGUCCCCAUUCUCGCUGAGGCGAUUUGGGACACCAAGGCCGAUGUGAAGAAGGCCGCUCGCGAGUCGCUCACGAAGGCCACCGCUCUCGUCUCCAACAAGGAUAUCGAACGCUUCAUUCCCGCUCUUAUCAAGGCUCUUAUUAACCCGGUCGAGGAGGUCCCUAAUACUAUUCAGCUCCUCUCGGCCACCACAUUCGUUUCCGAAGUUGACUCUCCUACCCUUUCGCUCAUGGUUCCCCUGCUCUCUCGUGGUCUCACCGAGAAGUUGACCGCAACGAAGCGUAAGGUCGCUGUCAUCAUCGACAACAUGGCCAAACUCGUCGAUUCCGCUGUUACUGUCCGUCCCUUCAUCCCCAAGCUCCUCCCGGGUCUCCUCAAGGUCGAGACCACGAUCGGUGACCCCGAGGCUCGUAGCGUUGUUGGCCGUGCGAUCGCCACCCUCCGCCAAGUUGGUGAGGUUCCCGAGGAUUCCGAUGGUUCGGAUCUCCCUCCCUUGAAGCACAUCGAGUUCCACCAGCUUGCCAAGUCCCUCGGCGAGAUCUACAAGAAGGCUGGCACCGACGCUCCUUCUAUCGCCGACGAGACUAUCAUCUACGUCGCCAACCUCGCUGCCGCUCUCUGCAACGUCAAGAACUUCGACGUUCCGGAGUGGGACACCCUCGCUCCUUACCUCGAGCUCGUUUCCAAGUCUCCGGAAGGCAUCACCGUCGCCCGCGAGUGGGUCGUCAAGUCUGCUGCCGAGGAUACCGAUGAGGGAGAGGUUCUCGAGGACGAGGAGGAGGGCGAGGACCUUUGCAACUGCCAGUUCUCUUUGGCUUACGGUGCCAAGAUUUUGCUCAACACCGCUUCCCUCCGCCUCAAGCGUGGUCACCGUUACGGUCUCUGCGGUAAGAACGGUACCGGAAAGUCCACUCUCAUGCGCGCCAUCACCAACGGCCAAGUCGAGGGCUUCCCUUCGCCUGACGAGGUCCGUACGUUCUACGUCGAGCACGAUAUCGAUGGUUCCGAGGAAGACACUUCCGUCCUCUCCUUCAUCUUGACCGACAAGCGUAUCCUCGCUGACGAGAAGGAGGUCAUCGAGACUCUUGCGUCCGUCGGCUUCAGCGACGAGAGGCAGAAAGACGCCAUCGGCAGUCUCUCUGGUGGUUGGAAGAUGAAGCUCGCUCUUGCCCGCGCUAUGCUCUUCAAGGCCGACAUUCUCUUGCUCGAUGAGCCCACUAACCACUUGGAUGUCGUCAACGUCGCCUGGCUCGAGGGUUACCUCACUUCGCUCACUCACUGCACAUCCAUCAUCGUUUCGCACGACUCCAGCUUCUUGAACAACACUAUCACCGACGUUCUCCACUUGAACCGCUUCAAGCUCCGCCGCUACAGGGGUAACCUCGAGUCCUUCGUCAAGCAGGUUCCUGAGGCCAAGUCUUACUACACUCUCGAGGCCGCCGAGGACUACAAGUUCAAGCUCCCCGACCCCCCUCUGCUUGAGGGUGUCAAGACGAAGGAGAAGAGUUUGCUCAAGAUGCGCAAGGUCGGCUUCCAGUACCCCUCGCAGCCCGUCCAACAGCUCUACGAUAUCACCCUCCAAGUCUCCCUUUCUUCCCGUGUCGCCGUCCUCGGUCCCAACGGUUCCGGCAAGUCCACCCUCGUCAAGCUCCUCACAGGAGAGAUGGAGCCCAACAAGGGCGGUGAGGUCUGGAAGCACCCUAACUUGGUCAUCGGUUACGUCGCUCAGCACGCGUUCCACCACAUCGAUAAUCAUCUCGACAAGACCCCGCUCGAGUACAUGUUGUGGCGUUACCAGACCGGUGAGGAUUUGGAGGAGAUGAUGAAGGCCAACCGUCAGAUCACCGACGAGGAAGCGCAGAAGAUGAAGGAUGGUUCGAUCGUCGUCGUCGAGGGUCAGAAGCGGAUCAUCGACGAGAUCACCAACAGGAAGAAGCUGAAGCAGUCUUACGAGUACGAGAUCUCCUUCAAGGGCAUGUCGUCGUCCGAGAACAUCUGGAUGCCCCGUGACGAGCUCAUCAAGCGUGGCUACGAGAAGAAAGUCCUCGAGGUCGACACCCGUGAGGCUCAGCGUCUCGGUCUUCUUCGUCCUCUCGUUCGUCGUGAGAUCGAGCUCCACUUCGCUGACUUCGGUCUCGAGCCCGAGUUCGUCUCGCACAACACCAUGCGUGGUCUUUCCGGUGGUCAGAAGGUCAAGAUCGUUCUCGGUGCUGCCACAUGGCGCCGCCCCCACGUCAUCUGUUUGGAUGAGCCCACUAACUACCUCGAUCGUGAGUCGCUCGCUGCCCUCAUUGAGGCGCUCAAGGUCUUCGAGGGUGGUGUCCUCGUCAUCACCCACAACCGCGACUUCUCCGAGUCGCUGUGCAAGGAAGUGUGGGCUAUGCGUGACGGUCGUCUGGAGGCUUCGGGUCACAACUGGGUUGAGGGUCAGGGCUCAGGUCCCCGCAUUGACAAGAACGACGGUCCAGAGGAGGACACUUACGAUGCGAUGGGUAACAAGAUCGAGAACAAGAAGCAGAAGAAGAUCACCGCUGCUGAGGCGCGUAAGCUCAAGAAGGAGCGUAUGGCACGGAAGAAGAGGGGAGAGGAGAUCACCGACGAUGAGCUGUGAACUUGACGCUUGUUGACGGUUUCUGUUUCUCUCCAUGUACUCUUUCCUCCUUCUGUCUUCCAUAUGGUCC